UGCAUCAAUUCUCAUGUAUCUCAAAUGAUUCUGCAACAGAUAAUGUAACACAAACAACUGGAAGGACCAAUACAAGGAGAAAUCAUCCACGGCCUCAACCAUCUGGGCAAAGAAUUAUACCUGGAAAGGAGGAUGAAGCAUUAAGGGUAGAGGUGCCUAACCCGAAUAGAGAAGAUGGCGAAAGUGAACCUGAGAUGUACCAAUAUGAGUCUGAAGAACUCUGUAGCCCUCCUGUAUCUGACGAUGAAGAUGAACCUGUAUUUCCUCAACAUAACCCCAACACGCCAUAUAGGAAAAUAACUCUGGAGUUGAAUAUGGAGUUCGAGACCAUGGACCACUUCAAAGCAGCAGUACAGAAGUACAAUAUACAAAUUGGGAGACAGGUAUUCUAUCUUAGGAAUGAGAAGAAUAGGUGUAGGGUGAUUUGCUAUGACCCCGACUGCCCUUGGUUGUGUUACUGUGCCAGGACCAACUACCCAGCAUCCUUUCAGAUAAAGACAUUUGUGGACGAACAUACGUGUCCCAGAAGCAACAAGAGUAAGUCAGUCACAUGUGCUUGGGUUGCUGAGGAACUGGUGCCAAAGCUCAGAAUCCAUCCCAACAUGCUGCAGAGGGAGGUACAGGAGUGGUUUAAAGUGGAGUAUGACAUUUCAGUUAAUGAGAGGAUGAUGUAUAGGGCUAUGGACAAGGCCAAAGAAGUUAUUGAGGGAACAGAGAAAGAUCAAUACCUAAGGCUUAGAGACUAUCUGAACGAAAUCAUGAAGGCUAAUCCUGGUUCAAGAGCCAACAUGGGGACUACUCCACAGCCAGAGGGGUUGCCUAGGUUUAGGAACUUGUACAUCUGUUUGGCUACUUGCAAGAAUGGAUUCAAAGCAGGGUGUAGACCCUUUAUAGUUUUGGAUGGGAUGUUUUUGAAAGGUUACUUUGGAGGGCAAUUACUAACAGCCGUUGGUCAAGACGCGAACAAUCAACUGUUUCCAAUAGCGUAUGGGGUUGUUGAUGCAGAAACUAGGAAAAAUUGGAGAUUCUUUCUGGAGGAGUUGCACACUGACAUAGGGGACUACAAUGAGAAUGGCUGGGUUUUUAUGUCGGACCAGCAAAAGGGAUUGAUACCAACAUUACAGGACGUGAUGCCGGGGGUCAAGCACAGAUUUUGUUGUAUGCAUAUGUGGAGAAAUCUGAACAAGAGAUGGAAAGAUAAGGAACUUAAAGCAGUAUUUUGGCAAUGUGUAAAAGCAACUACUGAUCAAGAGUUCAAUGAUGCAAUAGCAACUGUAAAACGGAUCAACAAACAAGCAUGGGAGUAUUUGUCAGAAUUUGAACAAGAACAGUGGUCGAGAGAUCAGGGUUUUCAGAAUGGCCGAAGGUAGAUAAUUUGACAAGCAAUAACUGUGAGUCAUUUAA